AUGACAGACUCAAAUCCUCUAGUCUUCUACGAUAUCUCCUCGGUAAUUCAACCCCGCUCCUACGCACCCAACCCCUCCAAAGCCCGUCUCGCCCUCGGUUUCAAGCGUGUACCCUUUAAAACAACAUUCGUCGACUUACUCGACAUCUCCACCGUCCGCAAGGGGCUCAACUGCCCAGCCACGCGUAAGCUAGACGAUGGCUCUGACUUCCAUACCCUACCCAUGCUGCAAGACCCAUCCGCAGACGACAAGGUCAUUGGAGACAGUUUCGACAUCGCCAACUACCUCGAGGACACGUUCCCCAACUCUGGUGGCUGCCUCUUCCCUCAGGAUUCCACUCACACGGGGCUUGAUUAUGAGAGCCCAAACAAGGAUACUAUGUUCUUCGCCCCACUUACACUAAACGAAGGUGCGAAGAACGAGGCAUAUGCAAAGUUCAACACCCAUGUCGACGCGACCUUUUCCUCGCAUGUGGUGCUUGUCGCUCAAUACAUGCCUUUUAAUCCAGAGACUGCGGAGGCUGUGAAGGCGCAGAUGUGUCAGCGUGCGCACUUGGAGUCUUGGGAGAGUAUAUGCAUUCAGGGAGAAGCUAGGGAGCAGCUCAAAGUGGCGUUCAAGGCGGCGCUCAAGUCACUGGCGGACUUGUUUACGGUUCAUGACGAGGGCCCAUUUCUUGAGGGUGAGAAAGCCAACUACGCGGAUUUGAUUGUGGGUGGGUGGAUUAACAUGAUGGCAAAGUGUAUGCCAAAAGAGGAAUGGGAGGAUUUUAGGACGUGGCAUGGGGGUGUCUUUGGGAGUUUGCAUGACGCGUUGCAAGAAAAUGAUGAUGCGGCUGAACUGGUGACAUUUCCUGCCCACUUCCGCUCGCCUGGUCUCCAGCUUUUCGACCUUCUUCAUCAGCUGAUCAAGCCUGCGUCAGAGUUUAGCUAUUGUUUCUCGCGUAACCACUCCAGGGCAAAACUUACUCUGUCUGAACCGAAAUGUUUUCUGCGAGAAGCCUAUAAAGUGUCGGCCUCGGCUAAUGAGUACUCAGGUGUAGAAGCUGAGUAG